GACCGUCUCCUGCUCCCCCCCUUCUCCGUCCCUCUCCCCGUGGGUGAGAGUUUCUCCUCCUGGGGGGGAUGCACAUUGGUUUAUUUAUUUUGAAGGCUGCAAAAGUCUGAGGACUGAAGCACCACGUGCUGCUGACUCUCAUCAGCAUAAUGAUCGCCUUAGCCAGAGAGUCCUGUAUAUAUAAACCACAAAAACCUAAUCAUUAGAAAUCCCAGCCUCCAAAAACCACAUUCAGGACAAAAAAACUGUGGCGUGGGUUUGUUAUUUUUUUUCCGGCUCCUUCAUCUUCCCCGACCUCAACUUCUUGGGACCCAAAAGAAGUUUGUAACUUUUGGUUGCUUUUUUUUUCAUAAUUAUUAUUUUUAACCCGAUUUUCCAGAAAGAAAAAUAACUCAAACAAAGCGACAUUUUAAUGAUUUUUUUUUUUUUUGCUGCUGUUGUUCAUCAAGGGCGGAAAAAAAAAAGGCAAAAUUUUUCCUCGCCUAUUCAACUCAACGGACUUGGAUCCAGCAGCGACUUCAUGUGAAGGACCGGGCUGCACCGAGGCUGCCUUUUCCUAGAAUUUGCUUGGUCAUAUUUUAGAAAUCAGCCUAAGGAGGGGUGUUUUAUUGUCGUGCUGAUAGUUGUUUUUUUUUCUCAGCUAUGAUCCCCGCUUCUUUUUCCCUGGGAAUCCGAAAGUUCAACUUUUCUUAAGUCCUGAUCCUCCGAAAGGAACUACCUAAAAAGUCUCUUUUAAUUAUCAGCCCUGUGACUUUCCUCUUCACCCCAACAACCCCAGUAACUUUGUUUCCCCGCCGAAAUCGCUUCGGGAGCGCCUGUUUUUUGGAGGGGGGAGCCACUUUUCCCAAGCCCCUUCCCGAGCUCCCGCUUCCUGAAGCCAAAGGCAAUAAGCGGGGGAACUCCUCGCCUCUGUCCCAGCGAGGCUUUUUGUUUGCUCCUUUUUUUUUUUCUUUUUUCUUUUUUUUUUUUUUUCUGUGUGAGUCCGGAGGAGGAAGACUUCUUCGGAGGAAACCGGGACGUUCCCCUGAACCCCCCCUCUCCUCUCCGCUCCUCUCCGGGGCUGAGUUACGCUACGAUUCUGGCGGCCACCAGCAGCAGCAGCCCAGGAAGCUGAACCAGCAGCGAGUUCUACUUCUCCCAAGACAAUUUUUGGAAGAUCCGAAAAGGAAAAGAAGACGUGGAGGGAGGGGAAGAAAAAAGGGAAGAAACUCGAGCGCUUGAGGGAAGAAGCGGUGUCUAGAAGGAGGGAAAAGAGCAGAGAGACUGUGCGAGAAGGAAGGAAGGAAGGAAGGAGGAGGAGAAGCGGCAGCGCUCUGCAGCUGGGCAGAAGCCGGGACCAUGCAGUUUCCAGCCGGGCUGUGCUGAGAGGGGCAGCCCCGGACCCACCGCCAGCCUCUGCCUCCUCGCUGCUCCAGGCUGCAGGCGCCCCCAGACCGGCAUCACCCCUCGCCCCGUCCAUCUUUCUUUAAAAAAAAACAACCAAAACAAACCAAAAACAGACUGAUUUUUUUUUCUUCGUGCGUUUAAUCCGCUCCUUUUUUUUUUCUAUUUUUUGUCUGAUUUGCUUUUUUGCCACUUAUCCUCACCCCUCCACUUUUUCAUUCACCCCUUUUUUCGCUAGAUUUUUUUUUUUACAACCCCCACCCCCCACUACACGCCUCCUCUACCAGCGAUCCCCCUACCGCUCCCCCCCCCCCGCCCCCCAAUUCGCUAACUUGUGGCUGUUGUGAUGCGUAUUCCCGUAGAUCCCAGCACCAGCCGGAGGUUCAGCCCCCCCUCCAGCAGCCUGCAGCCCGGCAAGAUGAGCGAGGUCAGCCCGGUGGUGGUAGCCCAGCAGCAGCAGCAGCAGCAGCAGCAACAGGACGCGGCGGCCGCCGUGCCCCGGCUGCGCCCCCACGAUAACCGCACCAUGGUGGAGAUCAUCGCUGACCACCCCGCCGAGCUGGUCCGUACCGACAGCCCCAACUUCCUCUGCUCCGUCCUGCCCUCGCACUGGCGCUGCAACAAGACCCUCCCGGUGGCGUUCAAGGUGGUGGCCUUAGGAGAAGUGCCCGAUGGGACGGUGGUGACCGUCAUGGCUGGAAACGAUGAGAACUACUCUGCAGAGCUGCGAAACGCUUCUGCCGUGAUGAAGAACCAGGUGGCCAGAUUUAAUGACUUACGAUUUGUGGGCAGAAGUGGAAGAGGGAAGAGCUUUACUUUGACAAUAACUGUCCUGACAAAUCCCCCCCAAGUCGCUACAUACCACAGAGCUAUAAAGGUUACAGUGGAUGGGCCAAGAGAGCCAAGAAACCCCAGGCAGGCGCAGUCAUCCCCGCCAUGGUCCUAUGACCAGUCUUACCCAUCCUACUUGAGCCAGAUGACUUCACCGUCCAUUCACUCCACAACUCCCCUGUCCUCCACUCGAGGCACGGGACUUCCAGCCAUUACCGAUGUGCCCAGACGCCUCUCAGAUUCAGAUCCUUGCACUCCUGAUGCUCCACCUGCUGCCACUUCACCACCUACUUCUGAAGAGCCUGGACCUUUCACAGCUCCAGCAUCACCCUCCUGUUCCUCUGACACUGGUACUGCAUCGUUUUCACCACCAUUACCCACGUGUGUUGCAGCCUUACAUCCAAAACCACCUCCUAUUUCACCAUCAAUAUCCACCCCUGCUGCCACUGUUCACCCUGGACUUCCUUCUCUUCCCGCUCCACCUGCCUCUACUCCAUCCCUGCACCCUGGGAUUUAUCUGCCGGUUGUCCCACCCAGUGGUGCCACCCACCUCAUCAACUGGCUGCCCUUCCUCGCCUCAGCAACGCUUGCCACCAUCCAAGGCAAGGAGGAAGACCAGCCACCCAUAAGCACAGGCUCCCUGGAAAGCAUGAAGCCUUGCAGCAGCCCAGCCCCUCAACCCUCCCAAGAGGAAAAUCCCCAGCCAGCAGCUAUGGGAAGCAGCGCUCCAGGAACUGCGUCCCCACCGCGGGCUGCCCAGGCUGUGCCCGCGGGCUCCGAGGCGUCGGCGAACGUCAGCGACAUCCUGGCGGAGCUGCGGACCAUGAACAGCCACCUCUCCACGAUUGCCCGAGCCCUCACCCAGCUGGCAUCGUCCCUGGCACCCCAGCAGGAUGCUGGUGGCACCCCACCUCCUUAGUGCCAGAUUUCACAGGGAGUGGUGCUGGCCAGAGGAAAGGGACCCUCCCCAAACCCGCCCACACCACUGGAGCAAGUUCAUUGCAGUCGCAGACAACGACCGUGUCUCCAACCACGUCUCCCCAGUGGGUUUUUCUGUUGGUUUGUUGUUUGCCCCUUGUAAAUGGCUGCAUACAUUAAAAAAUAGUUUUGUGGUCUUGUUAAUAAAAUUGUUUAUGUUUCUCGCGUUCCUUUCGGAUGCGCUCACUCCCCUCCUCUCACCCAUUAACCACACGAGCGCUGGUAGGAGCCGGUGAGGGCUCACACAGAAAAUGCUGGGAAUCUGAAGUGGUGAGAAGUUACCCGCGAGAAAAUGCUCAAGGCGAUGACAAAACCACUCUGGGCAAUGUGGGGGGAUACAGAAAGGAAACAGCACAAUGAAACUCUGAAAAAUUUCCAUGUUUAUCCAUAUCCAUGUUGAAUGGCACAGCUCUGUUGAAAUUGGAGUCCUUCCCAGUGCACUAAAUCUCAGGGGUAAUUGUAACUACCAGCACAGGUAUAAGCCAUGAUAAAUUGUUCAGAAUAUAAAGCAGGGUAGUUGUCUAAGGAGCAGUGGGGCUGAACAGCUACUAAACAGCCUCGUCCAUCUCCUGCCCUCUAACAGAGAGGUGCUUAGCUCAAGUCAAUCUGUCUGAUUUACCAGUGGUGCCCAGGGUUCUUCAAGGGCAUAAACAGACCAAUCUAAUUUACAGCAAUUAGCCCAUGUGGAUAAAUCCUGACAUUUCACCAUCUUUCCCUAUUGCCAAGGUGCAGUAGCUUGCCUAAAGGUAGCAUCGAAGAUGUGAAACCCUAAAAAAUGGACACGAAUCCAGGAUUUGCUCUUCCCAGAUGUCUGACCUGUAAAGCAGCUGGUGAGGUAUGAUUGCACAGGUGGAGGCACCAGAGCUGGAGAUGAAUACCGGGAUGUGCUUGGAGCUCUGGAAGAGCCCCUGGGAAGAGAACUAACAGCUCUUGCAGAGCUGUUUUGUGCAUCUCAGCUGCAGUCUGCCCAUAGUGCAAACAACCAUUCCAAGUUGUUCUUGUCCACAGUGUCCCUGAUCUUUAAGGUCCCUUCCAACCCAAAUCAUUCUACAAUUUUAUGAACCAGCAGUCCAAAUAUCUUUUCCCAAAUGUGGGCCAAGCACAGUCCUGGUGGCAGCUGAGCCAGGCUAUGCUGCUGCUCUGCUUUUCAUCCCAGUGGAUUAAAACAAAACACAUGCUCAUGGCAAAGAGAAGAAAGUAAAGGUCUCUGUGAAGCUGUGUAUGAUCUUGCUAUAAUUUAGCUACACAGCCCUCAGAUAUCAGGAUCUGAGGCCAUCUCUAGGAAAAUCCCAGACAGACAGAUCACUAGAUAAGAUUAAAGAGGAAGUAUUCUGUCUAUUUGCAAAUAUUUCUGUUACAGAUGAGCCUAAGCCACAAAGAUUGAAUCAAUAUACAAACUUCCCCAAAGCUCAGGUGUAUUUGAAUUUGAGGUUUUGGUUACUGCAUAUGUAUUUAUAUAUAAACCUAUCCAUAUUUUUUGAGUCUGUGCCUGAAAGACAAAGGAAUUGUCCUGCUCAAUCAUGGUUUUUUUUUCUAGUCUGAUCAGACAUUUUUUUCCUCUGCUGUGUUUAGCAAGAAGGUGAAAAAAAACCCCAACUAUUUCAUAGAUGUCUUAUACUACCUUUUAAGUUUAUGUUUAAAUAUGUGUUUCAACUAAAGGAGAUAAAAGGAGUAUCUUUAAAACAUUUUGGUUUUGGAU